GUUUGAAGUAGAUAUCUGGCACUCAGCAAACAAUUAUUACUGUUUACUAUGCAAAUGAUAAAAGAAUGCCUGAAACUUUCAGUAGUGUUGUUAAGAACAUAAGAAAGUUUACAAACGAGAGGAGGCCAUUCAGCCCAUCUUGCUCGUUUGGUUGUGAGAAGCUUAAGUUAUUGAUCCCAGAAUCUCAUCAAGCAGCUUUUUGAAGGAUCCCCGGGUGUCAGCUUCAACAUUACUGGGGAGUUGGUUCCAGACCCUCACAAUUCUCUACGUGAUUUUGAAGACUUGUCUCUGGAUGUCUGCCCGGAUGUCUGUGUGUCCGGACCCUGCCUCUGUUCCCUCGCUGGCCAGGGGAGAUGGCCUGCAUGAGCAAGUGUUGACAUCUUUACCCAUGUGUCAGAUGAGUGAAGAUGACCUUUCCCAGAAUCCUCAGUUCUCCAAACUGCUGUCUGCACUCUGUCAACACAUGGAUGAAACCGGACUGACCAUACAACUGAAGAAAAAACUACAGAAGGCUGAGCGGGAGGUUCAGUUACAGAAGUUGUCCUGGCUGAGAUCAGAGAGUUUGUUUCGUUUAAUUCAGGAGAUGAUUCAAGAAUAUCACAUCAGAAAACAGGAUUCACAACUGUUGCACGAGGAUUGUAAGUUAUAUGAGACUCUUGAACAGUGCUUACUGGUGACACAGUGCGUGAGGGAACUGGAUCCCAGUUCAACCACAGCGGAAGACAAACCACAGCUUCUGGGCCUCAGCAAGCAGAAUGUUCUCAAUCGCAUGCCACCUGAUCAGGAUGCCAAGCGAAUGAGGCAACGAUUGGUGAGAGAGUUUGAAGACAGGUUGAAGAGGAAAUGUUUUACCAUCCUCUCAUACUACCAGCCAGACUGGGAGGGAGAAAGCGAGGGUCUGAAGACCUUGAAGCUCUCAAGACUGCCAGAGAGCCUGGAGAAUGAGAGCAAGAGACUAGAGAGCCAGCGAGCAAAAGAAAGAGAGAGUGCCAUUCUGCUGCACAGGCAGACUCACUGCUACCUCAGUGAGCUACUGGGCUGUAUACAGAUCUUGCAGUCGCUCAUCCUGGAUCACCGACUGAGGGCUCAGAAUGAUCUUGAUCGAAAGAAAACCGAGUACAUGGAGGCCAAGUGUCAAAUCAUCAUUCUGAAGAUCAGGAUGGAGAUGUUGCAGGUUCAGUUAGACACCUACACACCCAAGAAGAUAGCUGUGCAUCGCACAAUCAGGGACACUCUGGAAUCAGCCCUGAAGUCAGAGCAAGUUGAGCGGCAGUCCUCUCAAAGAAUGUUGUCGUCAUUUGAGAUUUUGGGGCAGGACUUUGAAGCAGUGGUGAAGGAAUACUCCCGUCUCCAACAGGAAAUAAAGAACAAAAAGUGGGCCCUGCAGGAAUUCUCCCAGUACAACCACUGAACUGGCACCAGUGCCAGACAGAUACCUCCCUCCUCUAUACACCACAGAUAUAGUCCUCUAGUUAGCGGCUAUUAAAGAAUAAUCCACUCCAGAAUGGACAUAUAACCUCACCAGUGGAAAGUGCCGCCAUUCAUUUUGAGCCUUUUUCAGGAAUAUGGUUUAACAAAAUAAACAAAAGUGAUAUGGAAUAUGGAUUUUUAGGCUUUCCACUUGUGGAUGUAUUUAUAAAUGAUCACUAAUAUUAAAAAGAACCAACCUGUGUGACAUGGGUGACACCUCACUUACUGUAUACUGUACCAUGUGGAGGCUGCUGCUGCAAAGUUCAAUCUGAAAAUAAUAAUCAACACUGGUGUUAUUUCUUAUGUAUAAUAAAACUUGUUAAUAAAAUUGAAUGUGUCAUUUUCAUUA